AUGAGGGUGGCGGGAUGUUCAAUAUCCUCUUGCUGAGCAGUCAGGGUUCCGCAAAGCAGAGUUGUUGCGGAUGUGGGCAGCAGCAGCAGUGCGCAGCGGCCUGUGUGCUGCAGCAGCGCGGCCCGAUCAGCCAUGAACCCGGAGGAGCAGACUGUAACCUGGCUUAUCUCGCUAGGAGUGCUUAAUUCCCCUAAAAAGAACAUCGCGGACCCGGAGGGAUUUCUCAAAACGUCACUUCGAGAUGGCGUUGUCUUGUGCAAGCUCAUGGAGCGACUGGUGCCGGGAUCUAUUCUAAAGUAUUGUCCUGAUCCUAAAUGUGAAACCGACUGCCUUAGCAACAUUCGGGAGUUUCUGAAAGGAUGCGUGACUCUGAAGGUUGAGGGUUUUGAACCAGAGAGCUUAUAUACCGGUGAGAAUUUUAGCAAGAUUCUGUCUACGUUGUCAGCAAUAAACAUCGCCACUCAAGAUCGUGGUACUGAGAGGCCAUGUCCACAGUCCAGCUCCUCUGCUCCUAGUCUGUCAAUUUCGUCAUCCUUCAAUUCAAAGUCCAAAUCCUUGCGGAGACAAUCAAAAGCAGUGGAAAUGUCAGAAAAUGGGGCAGGUGGUCAGCUGGUGGUAAAGGCGCGCUUCAACUUUAAGCAGAACAACGAGGACGAGCUGUCAUUCAACAAGGGCGAGCUAAUCCAUGUAACCCGGCAGGAAGAGGGCGGAUGGUGGGAGGGGGCGCUCAAUGGAAAGACCGGCUGGUUUCCCAGCAACUACGUCCGAGAGGUCAAACCAAGUGAGAAACCAAUCUCCCCUAAAGCUGUAAAGGGGUUUGAUGUUCCACAACUGACCAAAAACUACUACAGUGUGGUGGUGCAAGACAUCCUGGAGCAUGAGCGUGAGUUUGUAAAAGAGCUGCAGACAGUUCUCACCUGCUACCUGAGACCUCUACAGGCCAGUGACAAGGUUUCAAGUGCAGAGAGCAGCAGUUUGUGUGGGAACUUGGAGGAAAUACUUACUUUCCAACAGGGACUCUGUGCGACAUUGGAGGACUGUAGCAAGAUGCCUGAAGGCCAGCAGCGCCUCGGAGGCUACUACAUGAACUUGAUGUGCCAGAUCCGAAUGCUGUACCUUUCCUACUGCUCCAGCCACCCUUCGGCAGUGGCUGUACUCACUGACCACAGUGACGAGCUAGAUAAGUUCAUGGAGAGUCAGGGAGCCAGUUCUCCAGGCAUCCUGACCCUUACCACCAGCUUGAGCAAGCCCUUCAUGAGGCUGGAUAAAUAUCCCACCCUUCUGCAAGAGCUAGAAAGACAUGUAGAGGAAACGCAUCCAGACUACAGUGACAUUCUGAAAGCAAACAUCGCUUUUAAAAACCUUGUGACACAGUGCCAGGAACUGCGCAAGCGAAAGGACCUGGAGGUACAGAUAUUGUCUGAGCCGGUGCGUGGCUGGGACGGAGACAGCAUCAGGUCUCUCGGGCAGGUGUCCUACAUGUCCCAGGUGCACGUGCAGAGCAGCUCUAGUGAGGACAAAGAGGAGCGCUACUUCAUGCUGUUUCCUAAUGUACUUAUUAUGUUGUCUGCCAGCCCACGAAUGAGUGGCUUUAUAUACCAGGGACGACUGCAGCUUACAGGAACCACAGUGACCAAACAUUCGGACGAUGCGGAGAACGGACAUUAUGCAUUUGAGAUUUCAGGAGGUGUGAUUGAGCGCAUGACAGUUUUCUGCAGUAGUUCCCAGGAGCUGCAGGAAUGGUUAGAGCACCUACAUGCUUUUAGCAAAGGUGGAAGUCCAGUAGGAACUAUAAUAAAGAAUGUAGACAAUAAGCCCAUGAGCAUCGUAGGCACAGCGUCUCAUGCGAGCCACAGUCAGGGUUUUGGUACAUCUCCAGGCACCCGGUGCCCUCUGGAACCACCUAAGAUCACCAAGCCGUGGUCUCUGAGCUGCCUGAGACCUGCUCCCCCACUUAAACCAUCUGCUGCUCUUGGCUACAAAGAGAGGAUGUCUUAUAUCAUGAAGGAUUCCAGCAAAAGCCCUAAACCCAUCAAGAAGUUCCUGAACAAGAGAAAGACAGAAAGAAAACCUUCAGAUGAUGAAUAUUUGCUCCGAAAAAGUACUGCAGCUUUGGAAGAAGAUGCUCAAAUUCUAAAGGUGAUUGAAGCCUAUUGUACAGGAGCCAGCCUGCACCAGACUACAACAGCUGUGCGUAAGGAUGGUGUACCGCAAGUCCUGCUCCCAGAGGAGGAGAAGAUCAUUGUCGAAGAGAUGAAGAGCAAUGGCCAAACAAUCAGUGAAGAGAAAAGCCUUGUUGAUGCUGUUUACGCAUUAAAAGAUGAAGUCCAUGAGUUAAAGAAGGAGAACAGGUGGAUGAAGCAGUGUCUGGAAGAGGAGCAGAAAUCCCGCAAAGAGCUUGAGCGUUUGGUCAGGAAGUUGGCUAAACAGAAGAACGAUUACACGUGGGAAGACGGAGGCCACUGAGUAACAUUCGAAAUGUUCUCCUCUUCUGCAUGAGUGAGUGUGUGCAUAUGAGUGUGUAGAUGAGUUGCUAGAUUUGGGUUCACACCAAAUGUUGCAUUGAGAAAAGCCUUCCUGCCUUGUAAACUUUUUUUUUCUUUUUUUACUUUUUUGUGGAUAUCUUGCUGUGAGAUCAUUUGUGCUUGACUGAUGUCUGUAAUGGGUUUCAGAAGAGAUUCAUGCAGUGUGUUUUUUUCCUGUGAACAAAAAACAAAAGGCAAAAAAAAUGUUCAACACUCAUGUAGCAGAACCACAACAUUAGUUGUGAAAGUCUGCACCUGUGAUUUUGUCCAUAUGACUCAUUAUAGCAGACUUUAUGUACCUAUCCAAAAACUGUAGAAUUAUAUAACUGUUGCAGUAUAAUGUUAAAUAUGUUACAAUACUUACAUAAUGCAGAAGCCAUUAUGUCUAUACAGUUGGAAAAAGGAAACGAUUCAGUGUUCAGAUUUGGCAGGGAAAUGUGUGGAAAAUAAGAUUCAAUCUUUUAUCCAGAAAACGUGUGUGUGUGUGUGUGUGUGUGUGUGUGUGUGUGCGUGUGUGUGUGUGUGCGUGUGCUGCUAAAGAAGUCACCAUUCUAUAAGCAUGAAAAUGAGCUCAAAGGUCCCCUCAUGCCAUACACUCAUGGUACAUUGGCAAAUUGUUUCAUUAACGAACAUCUUUGUGUGACUUCAAUCCUAUUUUUCUAUGUUCAUCUGAUUGACAGAGGAAGCUUUUAUGCUUCAUAUAAGGAGCAUGAAAUAUAGAAUGUGUUGCACAUGAUAUGACAUGAGAUGUUACAAUUGUCAUCUUGAAAUAAUUAGACUUUUUGGUUGUUUAUUUUUAUUUUCUUAUAUUUUUUAUUAUUAUAAUCUAGCUGGUGUUUUCUUACCAACCAUCAAAAAUAUUCCCUUAAACCAUGUGUGGUACAAUCUACAAGAUACUGUACAGUAUUUCUAUGCCUUUUAUUUACACAAGCUAAUCAUGUUUUUUAUUAUUAUUAUUAUUAUUAUUACUACUUCUAGUUUUGUUCAAAGCUGUUCAUAGCAAAAGAUGCAGCUGAUCAUAGAAAUACAAAAAAGAUCACCAUUAUUAUAUAUUAAGGUAUAAUUUACAGUGUAAAUUAUACAGUGUACAUCAUAUACAGUGUAUAUCAUAUAUACUUACAAACAGUAUAUAAUAGCUAGUAUAGGCAAAAAAAAAUAAACAAAUAGCCAUGUAAACUUUCAUAUUUAAAAACAAUACAAAAAUGGAUUAUUACUUCCAUAUUCUGAGGUUGUUGAAUUUUAUAUAUAUAUAUAUAUAUAUAUAUAUAUAUAUAUAUAUAUAUAUAUAUAUAUAUGAAUGAAUGAAUGCAUGCAUUAGUCCUUAAUUGAGAACAUGGUACUUAGGUCUUUUUAAGCACUCCUCUGAUAACCUUACACACCUCAAUUUACAAUCUGGUCUUACACACAGUUUGUAGGUAUUUUAUUGUACUUCAUAUGAUUUAGGUUUUCAGAAAAGUAGUACUGUUGAUCUCACUGCUUUGGCCCUAACUUCAAUACUUAAUACAUCUAGCUUUUUUUAUUAAACUUUUCCUGAUUUCUUGCCACAUCAAAGUCAUGAGGCCAUGCUGGAUUUGGAGAAAUUAGCAGUACAUUUAAAGCUGCUACAGCUGUAUUACAUGUAUUAUUCCCUUUUUAUGAAAGGCUGUUGCACUGCAGAAGUAUUUUCUUUUAGAGCACCAUAAAUUAAAAAUUUGUAAACAAACAAACAAAUUUACGUGUAUGUGCGUAAAAAGAAUAAUUUAUAUCUGUGUAAUCUCUUUUAGUAAUCAUUUUUUGUAACAUGUCAAAUGCUAAACCGGUACUCUGUUGGAUGCAUAUAUUAUAUGGACAAAUGUUUGUGGACACUUGACCAUAAGAUCUGUGUCAUUUUUAAACACACUAUUCCACAUGUAGUCCCCAAUUUGCUCUUGUUAUAGCCUCUACUCCUCUGGGAAGAUUUUAUAGUGUUGGUGUGGAGAUUUGUGCUCAUUCAGCUUCAGUGGUGUUAGUAAAGUCAUGUGUUAAUGUCAUAAGGCCUGGAUUGCACUUGCCGUUUCAGUUCAUCCCAAAUGUGUGUUCGGUAGGGUUAGAGCUGUAUAGCAGGCCAUUCAAGAUCUUCCACUCCAACCUAUGUAAAGCAUAUCUUCAUGGAGGUGGCACAGGCCUAGUCGAACAAGUUUGGGUCUUCUAGUUCAUGUGAAGAGAAAUUUUAUGCUCUUGUUUCUAAAACAUCCAAAUUAUUGUGUGCUCUUACUUUGUGGUAAGAGUUUGGGGAAGAACCACGUGUGAGGUGUCAGGGAUCCCAAUGAUUUUGUCACUGUCUUGUAUAAUGCUCUGCUGCAUUGCCUGGACUUUCUUGUAAAGUAAUCAGGCAUGUAAAUAAUGGAAUUGCAACACACAAUGCUUAUAAAGCAGAACAAGUGGGUGGCAAUUUAAAGGAAUGAACAGCAAUGUAAAGGAAAAAGCAGCAGUAUAUCAAUAAAGGUACUGGUUCAGAACAGCUUUAGUGCCCUAUGAUACAGUUUUCAAAGGUUUCUGGAACUGUACCUAAUGAUAAACACCAUUGUUCCAAAUGAUAGUACUGUUUUUUUGGAUUUUUUUUUUUUUUAUGAUGAUGGUGUUGGAUCACUCAUUAGGUGUUCAGUUAAAUUAAUAUCUAGAAGCAUAUGUAUGGCAUAUGAUUUUCCAUCAUUUUUAUCCUCAUCAAACCGUUUUGUGAACUUUUGUACUUGAAGGCACCUUAGAGCCAACAGAGCUUUCCUAUCAGAGUAGAAAUGUCUCAUAUGACAAGUGAUCGUGUGAUCAGAAUUAGUUUGCGGUGACACUUUCCUUUAAUGAGACACAAUGACCGAACCACCAUAGGUUUUUUGUUGCACUUUUCCCCCCCCCUUUAAUUUGUCACUCGUUUAUGCCACAACCUUGAAAAUGAAACUGUUUGCGAUAAAACUAAGCACUGUGGGCAAUAUUAUUAUAUAUAGAUUACAUAUAGGGCUGUAUUUAAAAUGAAUGAGUGGUGAUUUCAAUGUAAAAAAAAAAAAAGCCAUAAAGCAGAAAGUGAGGUGAU